AUGACUAGUUUAUCAAAGGUAUGUUGUAAGACAGCAACACAUGGGCUCAUUGAUAAACCAGUGAUGCUCAACAAUAGGUUGAUAAUAGACGUUGCUCAAAUUAAUCCUUCAUUUGCCAUCUUCCCCUCAGUCCUCAUUUCUCGUUGCCGUACUGGCCAGAGUAUACAUGGCCGGUUUCAUGUAGAGGAUAGACUGUUCGCGUCACCCUGGAUACACCUCCCUGACUGUGGCCGCUGUAAUGAAGGCAUUCUUGACAUAGUGGUUCGUCCAGGCUCACCAACCCUUUCUAUGCUAACGGGGAACGAUAUCACUGAAUGUAACGUCCCUACUUCGUUGAUCGGCUCUCUUCCAUUAAUAUUGCGAAGGCUGGUGCCGCACAGCUUGCCUGAAUCGAAUUUCUCCGUGGCUGCUACCAUUGCAGCUAGGAAGGACGCCGUCUUCGGUCAACUCUGGCAAAAGGUAACUCGCUGUCAGAGGAAAUUGUGAUGUCCUUUAUGCCUGGUACGGAGGUGACGCACUUGUUCAGGCUCUGUG